GAAGCAUCGAUUGUUUCUUGUGCUUCUGUAUCAUGUUAUUUCUCUUUCUUUUAUUCUUUUUUUUCAGGGAUAGCCUAUGUGGUGCUGAUAAUGUAUGUUGUCGGAGUAACCAUAUUCUAGCGCUCGAGGCUACCUCGACAGUGACACCUACAACAAUUCUCCCUUCUGCUAAAUUGGAACCAAUCGAUGGAUUUACAUUCGAUACCCAACCGGAUUCCCAGGCCGUGUCGAUUGAUCAAAACCUUCAUCCCACUGAAUAUGACCCAGCCUUGUUGCUUGAACUGUCGAAUUUAUUGCUUACUCAUAGCGUGGGGAAUACAUUGGAAACAAUCGAAACUAAUGUACUGGGAUUUGAUCAAGCAACUACCACUCAGAGUACAAUAACCACCACCACCAGUAGCAGUAUCAUCUCUAUGAGCAGUUCCGCUAAAUGCGGCGUAAGGCGACAGACCGUCAGCAGCCAGGUAGUUUUCCAUGGUGACGUUGAUCAGGCACCUCCUCAGGUUGGUUUUGCAAGAUUCGGUGAGUUUCCUUGGACGGUGGCUAUCUACCAACUCAUCAAAAAUGGAUCGUUUGUGUAUCGCUGUGGUGCUGCUCUACUCAGCGUGAACAUUUUAGUAACCGCUGCGCACUGUGUUUCUGAUGACCGUAUGCAUCCAGGACGUUUCGUUGCACAUGCAGGAGACUGGGAUCGUCGGCACACACAAACAUGGCUAUCUCAUCAGGAACGUGCGGUUAGCAAAAUAGUCGUACACCCCAAUUACUACUCUGGUGCACUGUUCAACGAUGUAGCCCUGCUUUUUCUUAACGAACCAUUAAACGAUACACUGCCGAACGUUGGACCGAUAUGCUUACCGAAUUCACUGGGUAGCAAUCUCGAUUACACUGACUGUAUGGUAGUUGGAUGGGGUGGUACUCCUAAAAGCAAUGAAGUCCAACAUGUUUUGCAAUACACUAAGCUGACUUUAAUAGAGCGGAGCUCCUGUCAAGCGAUGCUACAGAAGCAACCAUCACUUGGGAGUAAGUUUCAGCUUCAUGAUAGCUUUGUCUGUGCUCUUGGUAGCAGAAAGGCCGAUUCUUGUCAAGGCUCAGGCGGCAGUCCUUUCGUGUGCAACCGAAAUGGUCGAUACUUUCUGAUAGGUUUGGUUUCCUGGGGCAUAGGCUGCGGAGAAGGAGUUCCUGCAGUACUGAGCAAUACAGCAGGGCUCAGCAAUUGGAUCAGGGCACAGUAGUUUAUCCAACCCAUUCUACGGUUUAGUUUAAGACUUAUUGAAAUAAUGUAAAUUUAGCGUUUAUAGAGUACACAGUACGGGGAAUAAAGUACGCCAACACAAGACAUGUCAAUAAAGAGAGCGCCAUGUGAAAAGCACAACAUAAUUGAUUAUGUUGCAUAAAUUCUUAAUUACAAAUGAUGAAUUGAAUGAGUAUUUAAAAAUACCGACAAUCACACACUAUAUGUAGUGUACUUCUUUGACCAUCAUAACUUUGAAUGAGUUAUAAGAUCAUAUAACCGACGUUCAUAACUGA